CGUGGUUUCAGCUAUCGCAGGGUUCGGAUUUUUCCAGGAGCUGUUUGGGGUGAGAGGUGUUGUCGAAAACGUCAGAUUUCGACGUGUUUGUUUAGGAGGUGUGAGUUGAGGUGAAGCGGUACUGCCGGUAGAGAUCAUGUCAAGUGGAGGAGGGAGAUGCUACAAGUGCGGCAAAAUUGGUCACUUCAUCAAGGAUUGCAAACAAAAGACAAGUGGUAUGUUCAGAAGAGAGAAAUGUUAUCAGUGUGGACGUACUGGCCACAUCGCCCGUGAGUGCAACACACGCUGUUAUAAAUGUAACAAGCAUGGGCACAAGGCGGCCGAGUGCCAGUCAGAUUUGGUGAAUGGAGCAUGCUACAACUGCGGCAAGCAAGGCCACGUGCAGCGUGACUGCGAGAGCUCUCUCAAGCCAUGCUACCGCUGUGGUGAGACUGGCCACAUCGCUAAGGAAUGCCCAGAGGUGAACGUGGAGGAUAACCGCAAGUGCUUCACUUGUGGGGAGGUUGGACAUAUCUCCAGCAAUUGUAAGGAGAAGGGACGCUCCCAGAAUAAUGUCACCUGCUACAGGUGCAAAGGCCAAGGCCACAUCUCCAAGGACUGCGACCAGCCAAACCCUCGCCCGCAGGACACUCGUGAGUGCUACAAGUGUCAUAAAACAGGCCACCUUGCCAGGAAUUGCACCUAUGAAGCAGAGGAUGAUGAUUAGAGAUUUCCCUGUUUCGUCAUGAAGUAAUUCCACCAGAGGACUGACAUUAAAAGAAAGAUGGUCGCUUGACACUGUAGCAGCAGCGAACCAUUGAUUUAUUAGCGUAGCGCUUGAUCUCUGUAGUAAGUCCUGUAGACAAGCAGCAGACAAUAUGUUAACAACUGUUAUUAGUUGAAGUUAAAGUAGGUGUUUUGGGCUUGAAGUGAUAUGUGGUGGGUGUGCUCACUUUCUCGGUCAGGGCCUUGAAAUCCUGAAGGGCCGAAGGCAUUUCACUAGAAUAUGAGAAAUUCAAAUUUUACAAAACUUAAAUUGGGGAGGUGUCCUCUUGCAAAGUCAGGAUGUUUUGUCCUAUGUCAAUUGUCAACGCAUUUCUGUUUGUUUAAAUUCCUGAAAAUAAAUUGUGACACUUUCAAUGAAGUGUGUGGAACAAAGCUAGGGGAUGAAACAACCCAGCUGAACAAGUUUGACGGUGUGAAUCGUUUUCAUUGGAAUGGUUAAAUUCUUUACACAAAUUGCUAACUUGUCUCUGUUAGAAAUUGCCUUUGGACCUAAAGGGUUUCAUGACAGUGGAUUGAGCCUGUGUAAUAGUGAUCCAAGUAAUGCAAGACAACAGUUCCACAUCGAAGUGCAUGACAAUCCGUGCCAUCCAUACAUGUAUGAAAUUGUGAAGUAUAAAGGACUCAAGUUGCUGGUUAAAGCGUCAGUUGCUAGUAACUUGGACCACUAUUUCACAAGCCCCAAUCUCCCUUUCCACCUCGAGUGUAACAAAGCCAGAGGUGGAGACAAGGCCCGAUCUGACCUACUUGUGUUGUAUAUUUUCUCUAUUGGUGUUCAAGAAGUGUAAUGUGUAUCAAGUGGUAGAGCUAGGAGAAGGUGUUUGAAGUUUGUUUCAUUUUCAUCUGGUUAGUCUCCCUAUUCUGAUAACCUGAUCAAGCAUCUGAAGUCUUCUCUUGGUGGCAUGCCUGUAACCACAAUCGAGGUAUAAUGCCGUAAAGGUCUAGUUUGACAACUUGAGGCGAGCUAUUUUCACUGGCAUUAGAUAUUGAAAUUUGAAUUGGCGAGCAUCGCUACCAAAAAGGCUUAUGCAAGAGGCUAAAUCCUGACAGUCAACCAGAGUAGUCAACACAGGCCUCGCGUAUGGUUAUGACGGCAUCUGUUAUAGAAGUAGAACUGCGCACAAGAUACAUUCGCUGAGUCGAUUUAAUUUGCAACUGUCAAUUUUCAAUGUCAUUUAAACUUUACUAUCAAAAGACUUUAUGGUAAAAACUGUCGCUUUAAAAGUUACGUUGUGGUACUUGUCCCAUGAAUCAAAUGUAUAAACACUUGCCAAUGACUGAUUAUUUUCUACUUAGAGCAAAGAUUUUGUAUACGUCUGUGCCAAAUUUUGGAAAUUACUUUUGCACAUCAUCUAGUCAGCAGAAUUCAGCUGUAAUUUCGUGGUAUAGAUAGUAAAUCAUCGGGGUUUUGAAAAGUAUCUGGAAUAUUGUGAAUAUCAAAUUUAUAUUUUGUUAAUUAUCGUAAAUAAUGUACACGAAUAAUCAGAAUAUCAUGUGAAAUUGUUAUGGGGCGACCAUAAAAGCCAUUGGGAGGUUAUAAAUAGUACUUAUUAUGUACUACAAAUGUCAGACUGUUCAAUAACAUAAUUUAUGCAAGUUUGGAGGAAGAGGUUGAAUUCGGGGAGUUUAAGUCUUUAGGCUGUGAUCUUUUAUAUUUUGAAAGAAAAAUAUUCAACAAAAUCUGUUUAUAAGUAUUGUCUGAAAAUCAUGUACAUGUACAUUGAUGAAAAUGCGAAGUUUGUUCAUAAAAUUUGUAUUUCGUGGACUGCCUGAACCCUAUUUUUCACAUUUACAUAUACGUUCAUGAUAUAGCUAAAAAUCUUUCAUGUCUUAUGUUCUUAUUUACUUUGUGCUUACACCCUGGUUGUGCAAUAAAACCUUCAAAGCUGAUAGGUUGAGUUUUUGUGCACACAGUCAAACUUGACUCACCGUAAUUUAUUAAUCUUGAAAGCAAACGCCAUAUAAUGAUUUUAAACGUACUGAAAAAUGACUUGAUCAUUACUGUGCACAACAACAUAGGGUGAAAAUUAGCACAUUAAAAUUCUUUAAAAGACUGUUAAAGUAUUUAUUUAUUACAUGUAUUUAUCUUUUUAUUUUUCCUCGAACAGUAGCUUGAUCUCAUUUACAUCAUCCGGUCGUUUUUAAAGCUCAUGUGUAUUUGAAUUAUUAGCCUAUAAGUUAGGGAAACUUGUUGUUUGGAAAUGACACUUAAUGUGCUAUACUUGGAAAUUUGUUCCGAAGUGGAUUUUUGAUUAUUGGUUUGAAUAAAAUUUGUUCUUUGAUAGAAGCACAAAAAUCAUAUGAAGUUUUGGCUUUGUCUCUGGAAUAUUGAAAUGAUUCUCACAAAUCAUGUAUAAGUUCUACAUGUUACUACUGUACACUACAUGUAAGUUAGUAGUAAUUAGAAAAAGAGUCAUCAAAAUGCUUCUCUAUUUAAAAUGAUAAGAAUGAUAGCGUUUCUACAUAUGGUUGACAGGUAAAAUCAUGAAGCCAAACGUUCUGUUAUUGUUUACAAUUAAAAAAAUUACUCGCAUAUCAUUCAGGGUGACCCUCCUCAUAGAACCAUUCCACAAUUUUUGUUAUGUAAAUCUAGCAUUAGUUUUGUACAAAUAUUUUGGUAACAAUAAAAUGCCUCUUAUUUCACUGAGUAUUGCCGCAGCCAAAACAACAUUUGCUCCUUUAUUUCUAAGCGAAUUUCACGAACACUUACAUUGUUCAAAGAUUUGAUAAUUGUAUGCCAGCCAGUGUUCUUUAGAAGGUUCAUAUGUUGGCAAAAAAAUGCAAUUUUGCAGUGUUCAAGCAAUUUGACCAGGAUUGGUACAUUUGCCUUGCAGAGGAAUUCUUCUCUCAUCUUAACUUUUUUUGGUGAAAUUUGGUAAAAAAUAAAGAAUAUAUGACAUUUUUGCCACGGCAGUACCUUGGGAUAUGAAGAGUAGGCACAUUUUGUACACUGGAGGACACACCAUGUGUUUUGUACCUUUAUAAGUAUCUAUGGAUGUAGCAUAACCAAUCUUGUGCAUUUUUCUGUUGAAGAAUUUUAAGUCGCAUCAAGUAUAUUUGAUUUCAACUUUAUUUGUUCUGUUCAGUCCUGUAGGAUUAUUCUUAAAUAUCAACAGACAAUUUAUAAAGGAUAUUUUCAUGAACAGAAAAACGUUUUGGGUAGGAUUGGUGGCGAUCGUAUUUUUUGUAGCCACUGUUUACAUUCAUGAUCAUAUAGAAUUAAGACGUGAACAGCAUAAGUAGCUAAAUGACAUUUAUCAGGGACUUCUUGUGAUAAACCAGGUUAUAGCCAUAAACAGGGGUUAUAGCCAACUUUAUAAGUGUAACCAAGGGAUGAGAGUCUUGAAGAUGUUCUUGUUUCAAUACAGUGUGGCUUCAAGGGAUAUUUUCAAAAUAUUUUUUUUGUAUGAUUCGUCCUUCUCCUUAGUGUUAUUCUGCAGUUGGUGUGUCUUUUUUACGCAUUUCCUGUUGUUGGUUAGAGGGAGCUCCUGCUUUGUACUUUCAUAUUAACAACUUUGUAAAGUCUAAAUAUGGUACAGAUGAUUUGUAUAUCAGUUUUUCAGGCAUAAACAGCUAUUUCUCUGUAAGGGGUCAUACUUUUAAGUAUGAACAUGUUGUUCUAAGAUAUAACUGGUAUUUAAACACUACUGGGCUACCCAAAUGUAUUCAAAACUCUGGUAUUGGUUUUAUGAAGUACAUUAUUUGGUUCACAUUAGUUUUCACUGAUUUCUUGGAGCAAAAAUCCAUUGGUCACACACACCUUCAUUCUUUGCUUGUCCGCAAUAGGGAGUUGAGUAGUAUGUCUUAUACUGGGCACUGUGUUUUAAAAAAAUUAUCAGAUUUAAUGGAGAGGAGUUGACCAGCCGAGAUGCGUGCAGUCCUUCCUUUUUACGGCCGUUUAUUCCAGUGUUUAGGCUUUCUUCAGAGGGUAGUUUGUUAUUGUAUUACUAUGUAUAAGAACACGUCCUACACGCACCUCGGCUGUGGAGUUUUUAAAAACUUGUUCGACUUUAAAUUGUCAAUGUCAUCGAAGAAAAUUUCCCAUGUUUUAGGCUGCACAAUCACAAAAUUUUAAACAACAUCAAAUUUUGUACUGAUGCUGUCUGCUGGUACACUUUUAAUGUACAAUGUACAUGUAGUUCGCCGUAUCUGAUUCCAAAUCUACUGGAUUUUCUCCCUUUUUUGGCGUGUUGUGCAAGUUUCAUAUCCAUUAUUGAUCAUUGCUCGUCCCUGGCAUUGGUAAUUAACUAGUCGGACAGAUGACAUGGGUGUAUGUACAUAAGGUGAUAAAAGCGUGUUAUUUCAUAAAAAUUCAUAAAUAUGCAUAUUUUAAAGAAUGAUAUUUUUAUGCAUUUAAUUAGCUCGUUAGUCACGUGUUCAUGAAGUUUGACUACGAGGAGUUUGGAGGUGUUUUGAGGUCAUGGCGAGGUUACCAUGGAAACCAUAAUGUGCAUAACCAUGAUCAUCUAAAGUGAGAGGAGGCGAGAUCUAGAGUUGGAGAUACUGCCACCUAGGAACGACGAAACGUACUAGAUAUUUAUUUUUAUACCGUAUCUGGGAGUUGGCUAUUAAUGGACUUUUUGGUGAAAAUUGAGCAUUUAUUUAAAGGUGGCUCGUUUUGUUUUUAGGCAGCAGUUCACUCGUUCCUAGGUAGCAGUGGUGAUUUGCAAAAUAAAAGUGCAAAAUCUGGUAUUUUGCUGAUAACUUAUUUUGCAUGCUACCUUUGAUGAAGGUGCUGAUAAUUUUUUAGAAGUAAAAAAUAUGUAAUGGA